AAGCUCUGUACCUAUCUUCUUUUUUUAAGGAUCGUUACCACGACAUUGCGUUCUUCACUACCAUUCUUCGCCUUUUUUCAAGUGGGGAAAUGUUUAAGGUGGAGGAUGAAGAUCUGAAGAAUGCAAUGGCGCAACCCCUAACUUUUCGGCGGAAAGUCUACAGCUUUGAAGAGGGGCCCCCUGCUCAAGCUGCUCCACACGUUCGAGAACGCUUUCGAGGUUUUGCUUCCUUCCCGAACUUGGCGGGGAAGCGAACUGGUCCUACAACCGAGUCGCCCAGCGUAAGCGCUCGUGUCUCCAACUCCA